GCUACCAACGGCAGUGUUUCGCAGACAGGCAAUUUCCAUCCUGUACCGCCAGGAGGUGCAUCCUUCUUCACCACCGGAGGUCAGUCCAAAUCAGGUUACGUCUUUGGUCAAGACAGGCAGGUGGACAUCACGGACAGAUACGACAUGACAACACUGGAUCAGCACAUGGAGGGUGUGCCCAAUGUCUACACAACAGACGAUCUGAAAGUGGAUUGCUGUGUCCUUACGCAAAACAGUCGCUACGUUGUGACAGGCUCUGCCAGUGGUCCUCCACAAGUUUGGGAUAUGCAGACUGGUGAGCCUUUCAAGGUCAUGAAUGGGGACGAAUUGGGUUGCAGUGACCUUCAUUUGGCUGUUCAGGACACACUUCUCGUUGGUCAGGUCAUUGAAGAUUUUCAGUCCGCUGACAGCACCAAGAUGCACCGUCUUCAGUUGUGGAACUUUGUGACUGGCGAACAACUUGAGAUGCCUGCUGAAAUCCUCUGCUCGGCCAGUUGUGUCUCCAACGCUGGUGAGCACAUUGUGGCGGCGAGAGCGACCCCUCAAGGUCAGUCAAUACUGGUUUGGGAUCUCAGAGGCAACCAAUUGACACGCGAGAUACCCUACGCUCCCAUCAAUCCGAACGCACGAGUCUCCUACAUCAACAUAACACCCGAGGAUCGGCUAAUUGUGGCCGGAUUCAACAACCCUGGCACCGAUCAGGCCUGUUUCAUGGUCUUCGAUUUGGCCGCUGAAGCACGUGGCGUGGUACAACCGAAAUACAUCACCUUCGAGGCAAAAGCUGAGGCAACAGAGAUCCUGAACAAUGAGGAGGCGGUGACAGGUACUCGCAAGGGCGAGUUGAUAGUGUGGAACCUCUUGACCACCACACCAGUGCGCCAAAUCACCAUCAACGCGACAUUGGAAGGCGACAACGCAAUGACCAUCUUUCCUCCUCACGACGGCAUGGUUCAUGAUAUCGUACUCUCCGAGGAUCGCCGAUUUCUUGUUACUGCCUCACAGGAUCGUCGCAUCCGUGUGUGGACUAUGCCUGAGGAGCGCCUUCUCCACACUCUUGAAGGUCAUGCUGACGAUGUGAGUCACCGGCUCGUGCCUAGACUUUCAGUGACAUUUUUAAAUGCAAGAAUCACGCCAAUGGCAAGACCAGAACUUGACGAAACACCUUCCGCAUUCACUUUGUGA